GCAGUCUUUCUUGAGAGCUGAUGGAAUGAAUCUGUAGAUGUGGAUGAAAUGCAUUGCACAAGGAUAAAAGACAGGUUCAGGCCUUUGGCUUUGCGUGGCUGUAGAAAAAGCACUGAGCUGUUUGGGGAGCAGCCAGGAGGUGUCACAGAGCACUGGGACGUGCCCGAGGGCUCUGGAGCUGUGUGAGGUGGCUGCCAGGCAGGCCUCAGCAAGCACCGUGACAUGUCCCCGGAACAUGGAUCGAGGUCUGUCCCUCGAUCCAGGCUGGGAAGGCUCCAUGCCUGGGCAGAGUACAGUGGGAUGGUCAUGCAGUGCAUAUCCCUGGGGCAGGGUCUGGGCAUGCCAUGGCCCUACCAGACAUGAGCAACACAGGCUGAAAAAAGAGAAGGCCAGAACAAAAUCCCUGUGUCAGAGGAUCACGUGCCUGGGGACUUAAGUUGUGUUUUCUCUCUGAAGAGUCUGUGGAGUCGAGGCAUUGUGCACUUGUGGAGUUGUAGGUGAAGAUGCAGGAGCCAGAACUUGUUGCAAAAGCCCUGCGAGCUGUUCUUCAUGCCUUUAAAAAUGGUGUACGUUUGUCAGAACUUCAGAAUGAAUACAGAUCCCUGACCAAUGAGUUAAUUCCCUUCAGGCACCUAGGACAUGACACACUGGAAGGCUACUUGGAGAGUAUCCCAGGAGUGGUCAGAAUGGAAGAGAACAAAAUGGGAGAGGUAAUUUGCCAUGCUGUUAGUUGCCAUGAAACUGUACGAGUUGCUCAACUGGUGGCCCGACAGAGGAGUUCCAAGAAGAAAACAGUCCGGCAGGUGAACUGUCAGAUGAGGCUGAAGAAUACGUCCCCAGUCAGUUUAUCAGGAAAGCCCAAAGGAACUUUGCGGCAGCCCCGGUCUUUGAACAUGCCAGAAGAAGGCAGCUCUAAGAGGCCUGUUCCUCGCCUGCCCCGAGGCAGAGAAGUGGCAUGUGGAGGUGUGAAACCUGUGGUGGAGAGUGCCCGAUCUGCCUUACCUUCAGCUGCUGGGAGUGGACCACCUAAAGAAAUCCCCAUGCAGAGGCAUGUCACUGUGGUAAACAGAUCUGAGAAGAGGCUGACUGUCCCACCACGGUUUCAAAAGGAGUUGCAAGUUCACCUGUCCAGAAGCUCUUCCACAGAGUCAAAUGAUAGCUCGAAUACAUCCACUGCAGAGGCACAUACUGUUGCCCCUGGCUCUUCUGCUGCUGAUGUCCAUGAACUUCAAAGUCGCAUUAAGGAGCUGCUGAGCAAGUACAGCAGUGGUGUCAGACUGUCAAAGAUGCCUCAGAUAUAUCGGGAAAUGUACUGGGAGGACCUGAGCACAGAAGUGCUCUAUCAGCUUGAGAACUGGCCUCAUGUGUGCACAGUGGAGAAAAUACACAGAGGUGAUCCAAUAGAUGGAUUUAUUUAUCCUGCUAAGAAAAUACCACCAGCAGCAAAAAGCGAUGCUGAGCAAGAAAAGGCAUCUCAGAAUGUUACUUCACCAAAAGCAGACCCUUUGUUAAAGCCAAAUAUGGAGACCGCACCUGCAUCACUCAGUAGCGACUUCAAGGCAAAAGUUGUUGGCAUCUUGCUGAAGUAUUCCAAUGGUCUUUGGGCUCAUGCGCUUCCCAAAGUGUACCAAGACACUUACCAAGUAAAAUUCCCAGAAGACAUUCUAAAUAAUCUAGAGUUGCUGUCAGAUGUAUGUGUUGUGGACUACGUAUCUGAAGUCCCCAGAAAGGCGAUCCUCUACGCUAAACCCCAGAAAUGCAGUGAUGAAAAUCUGAAUGUCACUGAGAAAGUCAAGAGGCAUGAUGGUGUGAAGGCCACAGCUGAACAGCAGUAUGAAGAAUCCAAGGACCAGUACCUAGAAAACAUAACUGUUCCUUCUCUAAUUAUUCCAUCAGAAGGAUCUGUGUCCAUCAUGGUGUUAGAAUUGAAAAACACUAAUGAGGUCCUUAUUAGGUAUGUGGGCAAAGAGUAUUCUUCUGCCCAGGAACAAAUGGAAGAUGAAAUGAAAAUAUACUACAGUCAGACCAGUACAGUGUCAUCAGCUCAGUCUCUGAGUGUUGGGCAGCUUGUUGCAGUACAUGCUGAAGAAGAUGCCUGGUUGCGUGAACGGAUAAUUUCUCUAGAGGACAACAGAGUUAAGGUAUACUAUGUUGAUCAUGGCUUCAAUGAAUUUGUUGAAAGCAACAGUGUAUGCAGACUGCAGAAACAGUUCAGAUCACUUCCUUUUCAAGCUGCAAAAUGUAAACUGGCAGGAUUGGAAGCCUUCUGUGAUGAUCCUGUCCUAGUAAAGGCUGUGGAAUCACAGACAUGCUUCAAGAUAUUUGCUGUGGAAAUACUGGAAAAGAGUGAUACUCCUCUUCUUGUUCUCUAUGACAUCGGAGAAGAUGAUAUCAACAUCAAUGCUACUUGUCUGAAGGCAUUGUAUGACAAGUCCCUUGAACUGCACCUACAGGUAGAUGCACUAUAUACAAAUGUCAGAGUAACAAGUGUUUCCUCUGAUGGGAGCCUUUAUUGUCAAGUGCCAUCCAAAGGCUUGUCUAGACUUUCUGAGAUAUUGCAGAAACUAGAAGACUACUUUAUUUACAAGCAGACAUCUGAGUUCAAUGUAUCGCUACCUUUCUGUGGCAAAAUCUGCUUGUUUCCUUCCAAGGGAAAAUUGGCACGUGUAGAGAUAAAAAUUAUUCACACUAGACGGGCACUUGAUGUGCAAUUUAUGGAUAGUGGAACAGUUGCUACUGUAAAAGUAUCAGAGCUCAAAGAAAUCCCACCACAGUUCCUGAGAGAAGUAAUUGCAGUACCUCCUCAGGCUUUGAAGUGCUGUCUGGCAGAUCUGCCUCCUAACACUGGUAUGUGGACUCCAGAUGCUGUACUGUGGCUGAGAGAUGCUGUAAUAAAUUGUCCUGAAUUUAGCAUGAAGGUGAUUAAACAGGAUGCUUCAAAAGGAAUUGCACACAUUUACUUGUUUGCUCCAGAGAAUUUCCCAGACAUGGAUCGUAGCAUCAAUAGACAGAUCAAAAAUGCAGACUUGUGGAAGCAUCAGAAAGAUGUUUUCUUGAGUGUGGCGCCCAGUGGGACUGGCUUCACAAAAGCUGUAGGUGAUACUGUUCCAGCUCUGCAGUUACCUAGUGGGAAGCCGGAGAAGAGUUUCCCUGAUUCAGGCAGAGAGCCUGGCAGUGCAGUGUCCACCACUGAGAUGCCGCCCCCUCUACCCUUGCCAAAGCCUGGUGACCUCAUGGAUAUCUACGUCUCAGUGGCCUGCCAUCCCGGUCAUUUCGUUGUCCAGCCUUGGAAUGAGCUAAACAAUCUGUAUGCCCUAAUGGAAGAAAUGAUCUUGUACUACAGCAGGGCAGAAGAGAAACCUGUGACCAUUGAAAAAAAUAAGCUGUAUGCAGCUAAAAUUGGAGAUGAGUGGUACAGGGUCAUAAUAAAAGGGAUCCUUAGAAAUGGGUUUUUGUCAGUGUAUGAGCUGGACUAUGGCAAACAUGAGUUUGUCAGCGUAGGGAAAGUACAGCCGCUCCUGGAUACGUUCAGAAGACUACCUUUCCAAGCUAUCACAGCUCAGCUUGCAGGAGUGAAAAACCAGCAGUGGUCAGAAGAGGCAUCAAUAGUGUUUCGGAAUCUGGUAGAGAAGAAACCUUUUGUGGCACAGAUACAGGCAGUUAAUGACAGCACUAACUCUUGGGAUCGAAAAAUAGUGACUUUUCUUGUGGACACGUCUCUUCCACAUAUUGAUACAUGGAUUCAUGAUUUUGUGUCUCAAAGUCUUGUGGAAUUUUCAAAGGGUGAUUAAUCAUUACUUCUGCAAUGUAGCAGCUUAGCAAUAAAAUGAGUAACUGGCUUUGAAGAGAAAUAUAACUACUACAUGGCCUUGAAGACAUAAUGGGGAUAAAAUUGAAAAAUCUGUGUUUGUUUAACAAGUUUGGAUUCUGUUGACUUCAGUUGACUUUCUGAAAAUUUUCACGUUGUUUACCAUUGUAA